AUGCUACGUCAUGCUCGAUCUAUCGGCAUUACCGUAGCGUUCGUGACGCCAGUAGCAUUUUUCACUGUCGGAGAAGUAGCUCAGCAUUAUGAUGAUCGAAACAAGGCAUCGUAUGCAAAACAGCGUCUUCAAAAGUGGCACGACAUGUCUAAGAGCGAGAAAACCAGUGAAGAUACAAGAUUAAAACAAAGUGGAGCGUCUGCUUGGCUCAGUAAUGCACCAUCCAAGUUUCCAUACUUGAUAGCAAUCUCACCAGGUGAUAAUCCUGUCGUUGUCAUGAAGAAACUUCUACAAGGUGCAAAGGUGCUUGGAUCUUACGAAGAACAAACGUAUGAUACUCUUAAAAGAUUUACAUAUCCAACUACAGCACUGGGACGUGCAGCUCACAGGACUGCAGCUCGAUAUGUGGAGCUAAAAACAAUCAUGUAUGAAGCGAUUCCGGUGGCUAUUGACUUUCGUGCUGGAAUGAAAGCUGAACAAGAGGGUGUAAUGCUAGAUGCGAUGCUGAAUGCGCUACGAGAUUUACGAUAUAGUGAAAAGCAGAGUAAGGAUAUCGGCGAAGGAAGCGGCGAAAAUGCGUCGGCGAAUCCGCAUACUGAUCAAGCGAUUGCCCAACCGGUAUUCUUGCUGAGGGAUUUUGAUGCGCUGAGCGAUAUGGAAGCUGAGAGGUGGCUUGUGUGGACACAUCGCGUCUUGAGCGAGGGCUUAGCUUACGUGGUACUUAUAACCGCAGCAGCAGUAACACCUUUCAAGGCAAAGUGGCUACAAACGCGGCAUCAAAAUGGACUACGCGCCGCUGCUUUGGAUGGCACUACGGAUUUCAUUGGUAUACUUUUGCGUCCUGCUAAUGGUCUAGUGGACAACACGUCGGCAGAGGAUAAGCUACGCGAGAUUGCGAAAUUGCACAAUCUGCGUUUGUUUCCUGCCUCAGAUGUAACGAGUAACGAUAACGACUGUAAUUCUGAUACGACAGAGAGUAACCAUUCUGCAGAGAUUGAGGCUAUUUUGAAGGCAACUGGGAAUUGGUGGAGCGAUAUCGAUGGGAUUUGUCGGCGUCUUUGGCAAAACAAGCUGAGUACUGUCACACUCUCUGUAGAGCGGCUUGCGAUGAUUCAUGAGGUGUGCAAUGACUUUGUCGAAGACAUUGAAACUGGGCUGGUGGAAUUAUUGCACUUAAAUCGAAGCCUUCAGCUUCCUCAUAAAAUUGCCACAAGCAGUAUCUCCGAGUCCUCGUUUUCAGUAGCCUUUGACGAUACGAACGACGUUGUUAAGACGUCAGAGCUUUUGACCGCGUUGGGGACUUGGAAAUGCUUGGAAAAAGUCGCUGGCGUGGUGCCAAUAACUGGUGGUAGCUUUUUUGUUGGCUCACCACAACAGCUUCUUGGCCAGAAAGACAAUGCGCCUCUCAACUGUGCGAGCCCGGUGGAUGCAUUAGUACCGUUUCAGUACCAAAUGGAUGGCGAACAAAAGUUUUUGGAUUUGAUCGAUCAACAACUAUUGUUUUUGCGGCCAAAGGAUGCUGUCGAGAUCGGAGUGAUUCCAUGCAAGCCAGCUGCAUUAGUCUCCCCUUGUUGGAUCCAGACUCGCCCUGUCGUCAAAAAGGCAUUUGAAAAGAUACACAGAAAUGACGCGUACUUCAGAGCCAUUUUAGAUAUGGACCGUUUUGCUGCCAUUGUCGAGAUGCGGAGAGAGGUUGAGCAGUACGAGCAAGAAGUUGCUGAGCGGCGAAAGGCUUUACUGGACAUGAAGCGUGACUUUACAAUUUUGCAGUUUUCGAUGACUCCUGCGGAGAAGGCGCAGCGAAAGGCAGAGCUUGCACUUAUUGACGUAGAGCUUCAGGCCAAAGACACAUAUUUGGAGAAACUUCGUUCAUUGCAGAAACAGUGA